AUGAAGGCUCCCACACUCCUCCCACCAGCCUUCUUCACAGCUUCCAUCCUCUUCACACCCGCCACGGCUCUCGCUGUAGCCGACACUCAACCGCCGGCAUGCCUCCUCGCCGCUGUCAACGAACAGCCUAGCCCCGCCAACAUGGUCGCAAUCUGCGGCACCGAUGCUCCCAAAGUCCAGGAUGCCAUUCAGUCGCUAUGUGAGGGUAGUGACAAGCAGAGCGCGGCGCAAGGGGCGUUUACUGCGCCGAGGUAUGUUCCGAGUAGCACGACAACAGUCGGUACUGGUACUGCGAGCAGUGCUGGUAGUGUCACGGCUGCGCCGACGAGUGGGACUUCUACUUCAGCCUCCAUGGGUCCGACGGCCUCAACUUCGACUUCUGGAUCUCGAUCUCCGAUCAUUCCACCUGCGAUGAGUGACACGAAGGUGUUAGGUACCGCGGUUGUGGUCGUCCUCGGGGUGUUGUGGGGCGCUAUCGUGCUCUGA